AUGUUGUUGCGCGCCAGGGGCCUCCUCGCCCUAACCAUCUUCUCCCUCCUCCUCCCCAGCGCCACCUGCCAAAACGACGACCUGGGCGUCAAAAACGGCUAUACCACGCUCAAAACCGCCAACUUCAACGUCAAGCUCGUGCGCGACGCGCAGGUUCUCGCGUCGCUGACCCCCGCGGGGGACACGUUCGACUUCCUGCCCUUCGACCUGCUCUCGGCGCGCGCGGGCAACGGGCAGUACCACUGGGGCGACAUCACCUUCCGGUACCGCGUUGCCGGCGACGACAACGGCACCUGGAUCGACGGGGACUCCGCCGCGGCGCGGAAACCGGUCGCUGCUCUCCCUAUCACCAGCAGCAGCAGCAGUAACGGAUCCCUAGCCGCCGCAAACCUAUCCCCCACCCUGCCCACCUCCAGCCCCCUGAACGUGACGCGCGAAUGGCUCGACGUCGCCGGGGACCUCGCUCUGCGCUUCACCCUCACCAACGCGCACCCCUCCGCCGCCCUCGAGCUCGGCAGCCUCGGCUUCCCCGCCGAGUUCAACAGCAUCUUCACUCGCCGCGCCGUGGGCGCCACCCAGCGGCUCUGCUCGCUCUCCGACCCGUACAUCGGCAUGCACGCGGGCUACAUCCGCGCGGCGCCCGUGCGCGGGACGGGCUCCGCCCUCGUCGUGACGCCGCUGAACGCCAACUCGCCCCUCGAAGCGUACCGCAACCUCGACGAGCCUGUGUACGAGGCGACGGGGUACGGCAGCCAGACGUUCGAGGGCUUCUACGAGUGGCAGGUGCACAGCGGCGCCUGGGCUGAGCACGAGUGGUCCAGCGCGCAGCCGUGGAACGCGCCGUCGUCGCGGACGCUGGGGCCGGGCGAGGCGGUGCAGUUCGGCGUGCGGUUCUCGCUUGCGAGGGGCGGGGUAAGGGACCUCGACGUGGCGGUGCGGCGGACGGGGACGCCGGUCGCGGUGGGCGUGCCGGGGUACAUCAUUCCGGUAGGCUCCUCGGCGCAGCUAUUUUUACAGGCGGAUGCGCGCGUGCUGGCGGUGUCGAGCGAGCCGGUGGAGUCGUUGGCGUUCAGCGAGUUGGGGCAGGGGCAGGGCGUGCUCGUCACGCCGUCGCCGGAUUUCUGGGGCCGCGCGAGGGUGACGGUUGAGUACGAGGAUGGGAAAGUGCAGACGGUGCAUUAUUUUGUCACGAAGCCGGCGGCGCAGGCGAUAGGGGAUUUGGGGAGGUUUCUUACGACGGAGCAGUGGUUUGACGAUACCUCGGACCCGUUUGGGCGCGCGUACUCGGUCAUGAGCUAUGAUUACGAGACGCGGUCGAUCGUGACGCAAGACCCGCGGGUGUGGAUCGCUGGGCUUAGCGAUGAAGGGGGCGUUGGGGCGUAUCUCGCCGCGAUGGCAAAACAAGUCAUCCAGCCCGAUGCCGAGGAGGUCUCGAAGCUCGAGAUGUUUGUUGAUCGGGUCCUCUGGGGUACGAUUCAGACGAAAGAUUUCGCGGUGCGGAAAAGUAUCUUUUACUACGAGCCCACAGCCGUUCCGAAAUACACGUACAACACCAGCAUAGACUGGACGAGCUGGACAUCCUGGAGCCAAGAGGAUGCAUAUGGGAUCGGCCGUGCAUAUGACUACGUGCAUGUUGCGGCAGCGUACUGGUCCCUGUACCGCGUUGGGAGGGCCUAUCCCGAGCUUCUGAACAGCCACGACUGGAAAUGGUACCUCAACCAGGCCUACAGCACCGUCAUUCGCUGCACGCAGUCUGAUGUAACAUACAAGGAACUGGGCUUGAUGGGUGAAACGGUAUUCGGGGAGAUACUUACUGAUCUCACUCGGGAGGGACUGACAUCCGAGGCUAAUACGCUGACGAAAGCCAUGAGAUCCCGAGCAACGCAGUGGGACUCCGAAGAAGUUCCGUACGGAAGUGAGAUGGCAUGGGACUCGACCGGGCAGGAGGGUGUCUACUAUUGGGCGAAACAUUUCGGCUUCACCAAGACGGUAACGAAAACUAUAAACAGUGUUCUCGGUUAUACGCCAACAGUGCCUCACUGGGGCUGGAAUGGCAACGCGCGCAGGUACUGGGAUAAUAUCUAUGGCGGGAAGCUCCAGCGCAUAGAGCGACAAAUCCACCACUACGGCUCCGCACUAAACUCCCUCGUCCUUCUCUCCGCCUUCCGCAGCAACCCAUCGGACCCGUACCUCCUCCAAGUCGGGUACGGAGGAUCCAGCGGACCUCUAUCCAGCAUCAACGAAGACGGGUUCGCCUCAGCGUCUUUCCACUCCUGGCCCGAUACGUUGAGGUGGGACGGGUACAGCGGCGACUACGGCCCCGGCUUUUUGGGAAUGGUGCUCGGGUCUGGGACGUUUGUCGCGCGACACGAUACUUUUGGGCUCCUCGCUUACGGCGGCACUUUGUUGUCUUCUGCGGAGGACAAGGUCAGCGUCCAGGUUACGGCUCCUGUUAGCCGCCGUGUAUUCAUCGGGCCACUAGGCGUGACAAUUACACUGGACGCGGGUAAUAUUCAGGAUUUUACAUACGAAAGUACAUCGGGUGCGAUUUCACUCACCCUAGUGCAGUUGUCAAAUACCCCAAAGGCUGUGGCUACGGUAUUGUGGAUUGAGACGAAUGACUCUUCUAUAUACAGUGUCUCGGAACCGGUGGCGGUUCGAGAGCGCUUAGGCUGGCAAAUACCGCUCUCAGCUGAUGGUCAAGUUGUUGUUCAAUUAAGACGGGGUUAGCAUAGGGAAUUCACAACAUUGUUUAUAUCAUACCUCUAAUAUUUACCUAGGCAUUUAAUUAAUAAUCACUAGAGCUGUAUUGGCUCUCGAAACCUUACCUAACGUUA